AUGGCGACUGGCGCCAGGGCCUCAGCUGCCGCAAUGGCCAAAACUCGCCAGUUAGAGGAUGCUUGGUCGAACCACGUUGCCACGGAGAAGCGGCAGGAACUCUUGAACGAUUUUGCCGCGAUUGUGCAGGAGUUGCAGAGCUGCCCCGACAAAAUCCCGAACUGCAGAAAAGCUGUGAUGAGUGGGAUGUUCCUUCCGAAGCCGCAGGCGCCGCGCAACACUGACGCCAAUAGCAUUCCUGAUUGCGACAAGUGGUGCUUCAAGUUGCCGAAGCAUUUCUUUGACUCCCACGGCCCCGCCAUGUUCAACAUCACAGAGGCUACGAUCGCCCUGAUGAUCAAAGCCGACAGGCAGUCCUUGCAUAAGCUUCUGUACAAGUCCACCGGCUGGCAUUCCAACACUCGGGUCACCGUUUUCGGCAAGGACGCCAUCGCAGACAAGGUGCGCCAGCAGAUCGCGCUCAUAGGCGCGUCCGUCGGCGAAGACAUCCCGGUCGACGGCAGCGGGGUGGUCAAUUGGGAAAUAUUCUCGCCGUACAAGCUUCUCCCAGAAUGUCCGUCCGAGGUCGAGCCCGAGGACCAUGCGUUCAAACGAAUAUCUGUGUUCGGGAAAUUCGAGGCCGCUCUUCCGAAGUGGCUGACGAUCACUGGAGCCUGGGAGUGGUCAAACGCAUGGAGUUUGCAGGAUUGUGUGGUCAAGCUGCCAAUGCCAGCCGUCGCUGGCGAGAAGAAGCGACCGUCCCCCAGCUGCCAUUUCUACAACGAGUGCCUCGCCAACCACAAGGAGUUUCAGACGUGGUUCAAGACCUUGCCCAGCACGCUCGGUGACGCGACGGUUUCGACCACCGUGGCCGCUGCCUCCCAGGGCGCCGCUUCCUCGUCGGGGGCUUCGUCCGCUGGCGGGUCUACUGGGGCCAUUCUUGAGACGCCCGCCAAGAAGCGCCCGAGGGCUCCAGCUCUACUGGGACUGGCGAGCGUGAGGAAGCAGAUGAAGAAGUUAGGUUAG